UUGCAGGGAUCAGAAGUCGUGUAGCGUUAUAGGCGAACGGAAGUGUUUACAAAUUAAGUGGAAAUUAAGUGAAGUGAGAAAAAUAAUUAUAGAGAGCACCACGGGAAGUAACAUAUAUAUUUACCAUAUCAAACUGUCUUAUCUUAAAAUAGAACGAAAAAUAUUAAAACAAAAGAUUGAAAUCAAUAAAAAUAUUGAAAUGAUGUGGCUGAAUGUGAAUCGUAUUAUUGCCAUUUUUGCUACUUUACUGCUACUUGAGACCACAGCUGCUGCAAAUAUUACCUGCAUGUCUUGCGAUAAAGACGAGAAUUGCUUAAAUGGUGUAGCAACCACAACGUGCGAGAAUGCAACGAAAUGCUUUACAAGAGUGAAUGAUGACUUCUCCAUUACACGUGGUUGUUUGAAAGACGAGGAUUUGGCUAACUGCACGACACCUAGUUGCGUCCAUUGCGAAAGUGGUGAUAAUUGCAACAAUCAAAGCAUCUGCAAGACCUGCGACUCAACAACCGAUCCCAAGUGUGCGCAAACCGAUGCAUCGACACUUCAGAGUGCCAUUUGCGACAAAUCCAAUACACAAUGCAUGAUAAGUGUAUUGGCAUCGAAAACUGAACGUGGCUGCAUCACCGAGGAACUACAAAAAACCUGCACCGACGAAAAGACAUGCAAAAUGUGCACAGGUGGCGCGUGUAACGUAGGCAUUUUCCCGGAAAGCCGCAUUAGCUGCCAUCAAUGUGCUAAUACCACAGAUUGUGCAAAUACACAGAGCAGCAGUAGUAGCGCAGCCUUGCCAUGUCUGCAGUAUGUAGAAAAUGACAAGUGUUAUAUGUAUGGCAGUGAUGAAACGCACGUGACACGCGGCUGCAUUUCGGAUGUGGGUGAGGCGAAUAAAUGUGCCAAGAGCGUUGAUGAGAAGUGUCAAACUUGUAACACUACCAACUGUAAUAGCUUGAGUUAUAUGGUGGAUCAAUCGUUAAAGUGCAUUAAAUGCAGCAGCAAAGACAAUGCACAAUGUACGGCGGCACAAGCUGCAAGCACGGCCGAAAAUUGUGCUAAUAAAAUUCCUUACUAUGCGGAAGGUAAAUGUUACACGCUGACCGCUGAUGAUGGGGUGAUGACACGUGGCUGCUUUUACGAUCUCGGCGAAACAGAUCAAGCGGCGUGCACCGCAUCAAGUGAAAAAUGUACUACUUGCACCAAUGAGAAUGGUUGUAAUAAUGCGGCUGAAGCAGAUUUCACUUGCAUUCGUUGUCGUAGUGAUGAGGAUACCCAGUGUCGGUGGGAAGCGGAUAAGCUCACAGGCGCAAAAUGCACAAAUACAGUGCAAACAGCGGAUGAUAAGAAAUGCUUUUGGGGUACUUGGCAAACCGAUCUAGUUAUUCGCGGCUGUCUUAUCGAUUUAAAUCCUAGAGAUCAGUUCAUCUGUAAUGAUGCUAAGGUCGCGAUCUGUCAAACUUGCACUACAGCUAAUUGUAAUACGAAAGGCGGUGCCACAUAUUUGCUACUGUCAAAUGGCUUGUUGGCAUUCGGUGUUUUGACAUUGUGGCGUUUGCGUUAAAAAUAGCUGGAAAGGCUGUUUAAUUCGUAAAAUAUAAAUAUGAAUACACAACAAGAAUUAAAAUAUUUAUAUAUGUACAUAUACAUCCGUGAAAAUAUUGCACUUACUAACAAUUUUACAUGUCAAAAAUUAUAUUAUUAUUAUUAUUUAAACACUUGUAUGUAAGUCAUUUGCUACAAUCACCGUGACUAAAAAUAAAUAGAAAAGUUUCAAAAAUA